AUGCAUGGAAUUCUGUCGGAAUAUUUUUUAUCCGCUGGAAGUUUUAGCAUAAUUUUCAGCGCGCUAAUUAUAGUAAUUUAUUUUGGUGGGAGUAAAACAGUUUUCAGAUAUAUUGUAAUGAAUCUUUCUAUAUCAAAUGUAAUAUUGGGAUUUAUAAGUUUUGUGGAAAGUUAUGCAACUGGAGAUGCUGUCAUCAUAACGUGGCUGUUUAAAUGUAACAUUUUAUUAUGGUUGAAUUCGUUAGUUCAUAACUCAUGUGCGAUUGUCAGCGAGCAACUUUCACCAUCAGGUCAGAAAACAACUAUCAUGUUCCGUGGGUAUAUAUCAUUUGUUUGGAUCACAUCAUUCAUAUUGAUGACUAUCUUAAACGUUCCAUUGUACCUUCUUCAUUACGGAUACAAACAAUUCCACGUUCGUUGCGCCAGCACAACGUUGUACUUCAUACUCGAUCUCAUUUCGUGUAUCUUCAACUGCAUCUUCUUAAGUGUGGCUGUCAAUGAGUGGAAUAGAAUUGACGACACUACGAUAGCAGGGUGCAUGUUGAAGAAUAAAAUUCAGUCCUUCAUCGUCACAUCGGUCAAAGGUUGUCUAAUUUCCGUGGUUUACACUCUAGCGUUGAUAUGCGAGAUAGCUCACGACAACCUGCUGCAUCACUGGCAGCCAGCAUUCUCCGUCUCAUUCAUGACGUUCCUGAUGUUUGCCUGGAAUAAGAAAUUUUUUUUCAAACUCAAAAGAAAAAUCGUUCUACUAAAAUCGCCGUAUUAG